UGUGUGCUCUCCUACACAAGUUUGUUUUGGUUAUGGAGUUGUGUUUAUACGCGUUGGAUGCAGUAGGAUUAUUUGUUGUGUAAACGAAGUCAUACGAAGACUGAGGAUGUGCGUUAGUUGUUGAUAUGGCGUAAUCACACGUUUCACUAUAUAAAUACGUGUUUUUGUCUGAGUGCUUUCCUCAAAUUAUUUAAAUUAUGCAAGCUAUGGACUCGGCAGAAAGUUCGCAGCAGUGCUCAUCUGCCGAAAUCGACAUGAAAGAGACUACGGAAGAAAAUGCCGCAAAGAACAUACAGCGGAAAACUCCAGUUUGCCUGAUUAUCCUAGGAAUGGCAGGAUCAGGAAAAUCAACUCUUGUGCAGAGGCUUACAUUGCAUUUACAUGCGAAGAAGAAGCCUCCCUAUGUGAUCAAUCUCGAUCCAGCUUGUCAUGAGGUUUCCUAUCCAGCAAAUAUUGAUAUAAGAGAUACAGUGAACUACAAGGAGGUCAUGAAGCAAUACGGCCUUGGCCCCAAUGGUGGCAUAGUAACAUCACUGAACCUGUUUGCUACAAAAUUUAGCCAAGUUGUGUCGCUGCUUGAAAAAGCAGGAUCACAGUAUGAUUUGGCAAUACUUGACACUCCUGGGCAGAUUGAAGUAUUUACAUGGUCAGCAUCAGGAAACAUAGUCACUGAAGCUUUGGCUUCAUCGUUUCCUACUGUUGUUGUUUAUGUGAUGGACACAGUUCGAAGUGUUAAUCCUGUCACUUUUAUGUCGAAUAUGCUGUAUGCAUGUUCUAUACUGUACAAAACAAAACUACCUUUCAUUGUUGCAAUGAACAAGGUUGACAUUGUGGAGCACAGUUAUGCUGUGGAAUGGAUGAAAGACUUUGAGGUUUUCCAGGAAGCUCUGGAAUCUGAAACGACAUAUAUAUCAAAUUUAACAAGGUCGAUGUCUUUAGCUUUAGAUGAAUUCUAUAGCACACUGAAGAGUGUUGGAGUGUCAGCUGUUAGUGGUGCUGGUAUGGAUGAAUUUUUUCAUUUGGUAGAAAAGGCAGCUGAAGAAUUUGAACAAGAUUAUCGUGUUGAAUGGGAAAAACUGAAGAAAGAGAAACAAGAAGAACAAAGAAAGCAACAAGAAGAGAAAUUAGAAACCUUAGCAAAGGACAGUGAGCAGGGAAAGGGAGAACCUGUUCCACUAAUAACCCAGAUUAGUGCCGGAAGGGAACUAUCUGAAAUUUACCUGAAACAUCCAGCAAAUGAGAGCAGUGAGGAUGAAGAAGGCGAGGAAGAUAUAGUACAGAAGAAUGACGAAGAUUUAGAAGAAGAAAAGGAAAGAGAAUCAUUCAUGAACUUUCUCAAACAACAAAAGAAGAUACAGGAGCAAAGAGUUGAAGCUGCAAUGGAACAGAAUAAGAAUUAAGGAGUGUUUACAAUUUUGUAAUUGUUAUCAUUUGUGAAUAAUGGACCCUGUAAAACUUUUCAAAUUUAUACGAUUUUAAUAAACCACUUAUUUUUUGUAGAA